AUGCCGUCGAAACAGAAAAAAUCCACAGCUUCAGAAGAAACCGAAGAGGUCGAUGACGAAGUGGAGGAAACGGAGCCAAAGAAGCCCCGGAGAAAGAGAAGAAGAAGAAAGACAGUGGACUAUGGCGCCAUGUACCAGAAGGAGCUGCUGGAUUAUCACACCGACUCCUCUGAUGGAUACGAGGAUGAGUACUACAAAAAGAAAGUGUAUGAGGUGGUCACUGUCACUGGCGAUGUAAAAGGAGCCGGGACAGAUGCUAAUGUUUUUGUCACCCUUUUUGGAGAAUUUGGCGUCACACCCAAGGUUCACCUGGCCAGCAAAAGCCGAACUGCGUUUGAGAAGAAUAAGACGGAUGUUUUCCGUAUCAAAACACACAACGUGGGGCCCAUGAAGAAGCUCAGGAUCGAGCACGACAACACGGGGGGUCUGAACGCCAGCUGGUUCCUGGACCGGGUGGUGGUGACCGACAUGAACCGGCCACAUCUGCGCUUCUACUUCGCCUGCAACAACUGGCUGAGCCGGGAGGAGGGCGACAACCUGUUUGUGAGGGACCUGCUGGGCAGCAUGAACCCCAUGGACGUCCCGAAAUUAAAUAAAUACAUAGUGAGUGUGUUCACCGCUGACAUGAAGGGAAGUGGAACAGAUGCUGACGUCUUCCUGAACAUCUUUGGAGAGACUGGUGACACAGGAGAGAGACGACUGGACAGCGACAAAGACAACUUUGAGCGCGGCUCGGAGGACAAGUUUACGAUAGAGGCUCCAAACCUGGGCCGGCUGAGGAAGAUCACCAUCGGACACAACAACAGAGGCUCCUCAGCAGGAUGGUUUCUAGAUAAGGUUUCUAUUGAUGACAUGGGGAAUAAAGAGGUGUACGAGUUCCCGGUUAAUCGCUGGUUUGCCAUGGAUGAGUGUGAUGGAAAAAUACAGAGGGAUGUUUUGGUGGGAUCCGUGCAGCCAAUGGGAAUCGUCUACAACGUGCAAGUGAUGACCGGAGACGUGCGGGGCGCCGGCACCAACUCUAAGAUCCACAUGGUCAUGCACGGCUCUAAGGGCAUAAAGAACAGCGGAAAGGUUUUCCUGGAGGGCGGAGCGUUCGAGCGCGGCCUCAUCGACAUCUUCAACGUGGAGAUCUGUGAGCUGAUCAGCCCGCUCAGCAGGGUCACCAUCGGGCACGAUAACGGGGCGGUGGGGGCGGGAUGGUACUGUGAGAAGGUGGUGAUUUACUGUCCAUUCACCGGCGUCGAGCAGACGUUUCCGUGCGGGAUGUGGCUGGAUGAGGACGAGGGGGACGGGCUGAUCGAGAGGGAGCUGUACGAGAUGGUCUCUCUCCGGCAGAAAAAACUGAAAAAGUACCCGUGGUCGCUGUGGAUCUGGACCUCGGAUGUGAAGGGGGCCGGGACAGACGCUCAGGUGUUUCUGCAGAUCUACGGAGAGAACGGCAAAUCGGAUGAGGUCAAACUGGAAAACAACUCGGACAGUUUUGAGCAGGGCCAGCUGGACAAAUUCAUUGUGGAAAUGCCGGACAUUGGAAAGCUGCAGAAGCUGCGCAUCUGGCAUGAAAAGAGAAACCCAUUCGCUGGAUGGCAUUUAGCAAAGGUCACGUUGCUGAAGACCCUGACGAUGGAGAAGUACUCCUUUGAAUGCGGCCGCUGGCUGGACAUCAACGAGGACGACAACGAGAUCGUCAGAGAGCUAACAGCGACCGGGGCGUUCACCGAGGAGCCGCUGCCCUUGAUUAAGUAUCGUGUGACUAUCUGCACCGGGAACGUCAGCGGCAGUGGCACCGACGCCAGCGUCUUCCUCAACGUCAUCGGAGACCUCGGUGACACCGGGGAGCGCCUCAUGUUCAUGAGCAAAAACAACGUCAACAAAUUUGAAAAGGGCAAUCACGAUGAGUUCCUCAUUGAGUCGGUGACGUUGGGCCAGGUGCGACGAGUGCGUGUCGGCCAUGACGGUCGUGGGGGAGGUUGUGGUUGGUUCCUGGAUAAGGUGAUGGUCCGAGAGGAGGGACAGCCCGAGAGUGUGGCCAUCGAGUUCCCCUGUUUCAGGUGGUUGGACCGAAAUGAAGACGAUGGACAGAUCGUCCGUGAGUUGAGCCCCGCUGGAGAUGGCCUGCGUCUCUUCAAUGUCAGCUACCACAUAUCCAUAAAGACGGGCAGUGUGAACGGAGCCAGCUCGGACUCCCGGGUGUUUGUGAAGCUCUACGGGGAGAAAGGAGACACCAACAAGAUGCUGCUGGCAGUGUCCGACAACGACCUGAGCAACUACUACGAGACGGGACAAACGGACAUCUUCACCAUCGACACCUUUGACAUCGGACAGAUCAACCGUCUCCUGAUUGGUCACACUAACGAGGGCCUGCGGGCCGGCUGGUUCCUGGACAGCGUGCAGAUCUCUGUCCCGGUUCACGGGAAGCAGUACAUGUUCCCGAGCCACCGCUGGCUCUGCAAGGACGAGGCUGACGGGAAAGUGGAGGUGGAGAUCUACCCCAGUGAGACCCUGGACAUCGAACCAUUGAUCAACUAUGAGGUAACGAUGGUCACGGGAGACCUGCGAGCCGCCGGCACGAAUGCAAACGUCUUCUGUCAGAUCUACGGAGACGAAGGAAAAACAGAGGUUCUCUCUCUCAAGAGCCGCUCCAACAACUUCGAACGAGGCACCACGGAGAUCUUCAGGAUUGAGGCUCUGGAUGUCGGUAAGAUCUACAAGAUCCGCAUCUACCACGACGGCAAGGGCAUCGGAGACGGGUGGUUCCUGGAGACGGUGGACAUCAAGCGGCUGACGAUGGCCAUGGUGCAGGUGGAGGUGAAGAAGGAGGUGAAGAAAGACAAGAAGAAGGACAAGAAGAAGAAGAAGAAGGAGGAAGAGGACGAGGUGGAGAUCAUCGAGCAGCUGCAGGAAGUGGUGGAGACUUUCACGUUCCCCUGUAACCGCUGGCUGGCCCGGGACGAGGAGGACGGGGAGAUCGUGGUGGAGCUGCUGACGGAGGAGAAUGAAGACCUGGAGGUGAACUCGUACGAGGUCCACGUGUUCACGGGGACGAUGUUCGGGGCCGGGACUGACGCCAAUGUUUACGUCAACGUUUACGGAGAGACGGGAGACACCGGGGAGCGGCGGCUCAGGAAGGGAAACAACCUCAACAAGUUUGAGAAAGGACAGGAGGAUAUUUUCAACAUCACAGCCGUGGACUUAGGGGUCCUGAAGAAGCUGAGGAUCCGACACGACAACAGCCAGGCCAGCGCCGGGUGGUUCCUGGACAGAGUGGAGAUAGUAGACAACAAAGAUGACACCACGUACUUUUUCCCCUGUAAACGCUGGCUGGCUAUCGAUGAGGAUGACGGGCAGCUUGCCAGAGAGCUGGUUCCUGUGGACGAGGCCUUCAUGAGGAAAGGAGAUGAUGAUGAUGAGGAAGAUUCUGAAACCACGCUCGGUCUGGAGCAGAAAGCCAUGUCAACAACUUACACCAUGAGGAUAAAAACUGGAGACAAAAAAUACGCCGGGACCGACGCUAACGUCUUCAUGAUCCUGUACGGCACCAAGGACGACACGGGGACAAUCAACCUGAAGGCCUCAAAGACUCAUAAGAAUAAGUUUGAGCGAGGGAUGAUCGACGAGUUCAUCGUGGAGGCCGUGGACAUCGGACCGCUGAAGAAGCUGCGCGUCGGACACGACAACCGAGGGUCAGCGGGCUGGUUCCUAGACUGGGUGGAGAUCGACGCUCCGUCUCUGGGACAGAAACUGCGCUUCCCCUGCGGUCGCUGGUUGGAUAAAGGAGAGGACGACGGCGCCAUCAACAGGGACCUGUUCCCCAACGCUCUGCAGACGGAGCUCUACACACCCUUUGUUCCUUAUGAGAUUAAAACCUUCACCAGUGACGUGUUCGCGGCCGGUACGGAUGCCGACGUCUUCAUCGUCCUGUACGGGCGAGACGCAGUGUGUACGCAGCAGAAGUCUCUGUGUGUCAACAAGAGGGAGAGGAUCAUGUACUUUGAGAGGGGGGCAGAGGACAUGUUCAUUGUUGAGCUGGAAGACGUCGGGGAUGUUAUUGAGAAGAUCAGAAUCGGACACGAUAACCGCGGGGUGAACCCGGGCUGGCAUCUGGACCGAGUGGAGAUCAGACGUCUGCUCAGGAAGGGGAAGGGUUCAGAGACGGUCAUCUUCCCAUGUGAGAUGUGGCUCGCCAAAUCUGAGGAUGAUGGAGAAACGGUGCGAGAGCUCGUCCCCUCGGACAUCAUCACGGAGAAACUUUCUCGAGACGGGAACCUGAAAGUCACCGAGGUGGAGGUGGAGGACGCCCUGGAGACUCACACAUACAAGGUGUCGGUGAUGACGGGCGAUGUGUACGGCGGGGGGACGGACGCCAAUGUCUUCCUCACAAUUUACGGAGACCUGGGAGACACCGGGGAGAGGAAGCUCAGCAAGUCGGAGACAAACGGCAACAAGUUUGAACGAGGAUCCGUGGAUAAGUUCACCAUCGAGGCCGUGGACCUCGGGCAGGUUUUCAGGAUAAAGAUCCGCCAUGAUAACAGCAUGAUGAGCGCAGACUGGUACCUGGACCAGGUGGAGGUGUUUGACGAGGACACGGAGGAGGUGUUCCUCUUCCUGUGUGAACGCUGGCUGUCCAGGAAGAGGGAGGACCGACGCAUCGAGAGGGUCUUCUAUGUGAAGGGUUAUGAAGGAGUGCGAGAGAGUCUGAACAGGAAGAAGAAGAACUCAGCGCUGACGGUGAAGAGCGUCGACAGCAACAUGAACAAAAAGAGCAAAAAGAAGAAGGAGGAAGAAGUCGAGCUCCCAAUCAUCCCGUACCACAUCACCGUCUGCACCGGGCUGGAGCGAGACGCCAGCACCACCAGCCGGGCGUUUGUGAUCAUCGUGGGGACGAACCACACCCAGACGGAGAGGCUGUGGCUGGACCUGCCCGACGAGAGGAGGGGCUUCGAGGCCGGAUCGCUGGAGAGCUUCCGGUCAUACGGGUCGGACGUGGGGGAGAUCAAGAAGGUCGAGCUCGGGCAUGACGGGGCGACACCAGAGAGCUGCUGGCUGGUGGAUGAGCUGUCGGUUGCUGUGCCAACCAAAGGGGUCAAAUAUAUCUUCGCCUGCAAGUGCUGGCUGGCCAAAGAUCGAGGGGACGGGCUGACCUCUCGAGUAUUCAACGUGCUGGACGCAGAGGCCAUCUCCAUCUGCCAGCAGAUUAUUUACGAGUUGACGGUGGUGACGGGAGACGUGCAGAACGCAGGAACCGACACUCUGAUCUUCAUGUCCGUGUUCGGAGCCAACGGCACCACCGAGGAGAUGCUGCUGCUGAAGAACGAGGACAGGUUUGAGCGCGGCCAGGAGGACACGUUCAACAUGGAGAUUGAUGACAUCGCUCCCCUGAGGAAGAUGAGGCUCCGUAUCGACGGGUCAGGAAGCAGACCUGACUGGUUUCUCGAUAAGGUGAUCAUGCGUAACCUGACCACAGAGGAGGUUUCUGUGUUCACCUACGAGGACUGGCUCUCCAGGACUCACGGACCCAAGAGGACCAUGAUCUGUGAGAUGGCUGCUGUGGUGGACGAGGAGAUGAUGGUGGAGCCGACCACCUACAUAGUCCAGGUCAAAACUAGCGACACUGCAGGGGCCGGCACCGAUGCCAACGUAUGGAUCGUGAUUUUCGGGGAGAACGGAGACACCGGCACGCUGGCUCUGAAGGAGUGCAGCAAGUCCAACAAGUUCGAGCGCAAACAGGUCGACACGUUCCGCUUCUCAGACAUCCUGAGCCUCGGAGAGCUCUCCAAAGUCCGAGUGUGGCACGACAACUCGGGUCCUUCUGCCGGAUGGCACCUGGACUACAUCGAUGUGAAGGACGAGAUCAUGGACAAGACAUUCCGCUUCCCGUGUGACCGCUGGCUCGCCAAGAACGACGACGACGGGCAGAUCAUGAGGGAGCUGGCGUGCGCUAACAACGACUACCUGGACCUCAACGAGAAGACCAAGUACGAAAUCUGCAUCACAACCGGAGAAACUGAAACCAAAGAAAACGCCUGGAUCGUACUUGAGGGGAAGAAGGGCCGAUCAAAGGAAUUCGUGAUGGAGAACUCGUCCAAGAAGAAGAGGUUCCUGAGGGGAAAUGUGGACCGGUUUGACUUUUCCUCCAAGAACCUGGGCGACAUCGCUGGGAUCUGCCUCGGUCACACUCCCAAAGAUGGGAAGAAAGUGAAGGGGGAGGUUUUCUGGCAUGUGGAGGAGGUCGUGGUCACUGAGAGGGAACUGGGAAACAAGUACAUCUUUACCUGCAACGGCCUGAUCCCUCUGUCGCCAAAGAGAGACGACUUCCUGACCUUCGAGUGCACCAAGACCAUUGAGAGCUUCGCCAGUAAAGCCCGCAGCCUGGUGCCCGUCAAGUACGAGAUCAUCGUCAUCACGGGCGACGAGAAGGGAGCCGGGACGGACGCCAACGUCUUCAUCACCAUCUACGGCGUGAACGGAGACUCGGGUCGCCGGCAGCUGCGGCAGAAGUUCAGGAAUCUGUUCGAGCGCGAGCAGACGGACCGCUUCCUGCUGGAGAUGCUGGACAUGGGGGAGCUGCAGAAGGUCCGCAUGGAGCACGAUAACUCGGGCCUGAGCCCCGGCUGGCUGCUGGACCGCGUGGAGGUCACCAACACGGCCAACGGCGUCACCACCAUCUUCCUCUGCGGGAAGUGGCUGGACCUGCAGCGGGCCGACAAGCAGAUCGCCAGGGUGCUCUACCCCAAAUACUAGAAACAUAUUGAUUUAUACAAACUGUUUUAAAGUACAGACCAAAGAGAUUCUGCUCGGGUAAGUUUUAUAUCUCAGGAACUUUUUUAAGGUUAGAUAUUGGGAGUAAAGCCUGCUAUGAAGUACUGUGACAAGCUGUUCUGAA